GCCCAAGAGCGCUCCAAGACUCCCAAGAUGGCCCCAAGAGGACCCCAAGACCGCAUCAAGGCGGCCCAAGAGGCCCCCAAGAGGACUCUCAAGAGGUCCGCAGUCAUUUGCGCUCAAGUGAGGCAUAUUUGCUCAGGACAUCGCUGUCAAAAUACAUUUGCAUUAAACAGACAUCCAGAUUCAUAUUUGGAUUCAGUACCUUCAGAAAUGACCCUCACAGGGCUUUGCCACGUUGCUCAUCACGGUCGUGGUGUUCAUGGGGGGCAUUCGCACCGCAAUUGGUUUGCUGGCGGGUCUGCCUACGACGGACAGCCCGACUCCGUACUUGACUCCGUACCCGAUUGGAACAUCCGAAGACGAUUGCAUGGACGAAGAUGGGUCGUUGGUCAACGAGGCUGGCCGUAAUUGCAUGGAGAUCAAGGGUCUUGGACGACGACGACAUGGACUUUUCUGCGCAAGUAAUGUGUUGUGCUUGCGGAGGUGGUAUUCGCAAUCAUAUAAUCAGCCACGGCGAUUAAGUAACGCUAAGGGCCAGUGACGCCACGCAAGGAUAUGCGUCGACCUGGUGCCUGUCGCGGAAGGGCAAGGCCAUCAGGCAAUGCAGGCUUAGUAUAUUACAGCCACCAGAACUGCGAAGCUCUAUGCGAUGCGGACUCAGGGUGCACAGGAUAUGUUCUCCCAGCUUCUGAAUCUAAUUAUAAUUGGUGUGAGACACACACGUCGGUCGGUGCGACAGGCGAUGGCCGAAGGGGGGCCGCGGGGCCCAGCCUGACGCCGAACCCGACGCCUUACCCGACUCCGUACCCGACUCCGUACCCGACUCCGUACCCGACUCCGUCCCCGACUCCGUGCCCGACUCCUAACCCGACUCCAGUGGCCGGUGCGGCCGGUGGGGCGGCGCAGGCGACCAGGGACCUUCACCUCGCCAACGUGUUCGGGCAGCGGUUCGACAUCCACAAGGAGGGAUGGCACACGCUGGUGCGGAUUCCCCGGGGUGCCAAGCGCGGGGCCGCCUUGCUGAGCGUCGAUGCGGAGGCGCGGCAGAUGGGCGUGGCGUGCACUGACACGUACUUCGUGUCGGUGAACCUGACGGGCAGAUGGGUCGGCUCCCACGGCCGCGCAUUCUGCGCCGGUUAUGUCGCUGAGAAGGAGUCCCGGCGUUGGCUGCGAUAUGGCCAGGUGGAGCUGAAGGUGUUGCAGGGCCGCACUAAGCGUGGCAUCGUCUAUCUGAACCUUUUCGUCCGUAAUCUGAAAUUUGUAGGCUACCCUGUGGGUGGGAUUCUGGGCUUGGACCACGCGACCGCAGCUGAGCCCAGUCUGAAGUGCCAGAAAAGAAUCUCUUUGGCCUCGGUGCCAGUCCGGACGAACGCCUCCACCGCAGUGGCAUAUCUGUAAGUGAUGCCGUCGUGCAAGCACGUAUGUCUUUGUCAUUGCAGUUAGUUGGACUUGCGAUUGACCGAAUUCUCCUGGUACCAUUCGCCGAUGAUGAUGAUGCUGAUGCUACCGAUACGACGACGACGACGACCACGACCACGACGACGGACGAGGACCCCAGGCGCGUCGGGGGUUCGCCCCGAGCCUAGGGCCCAGCGCGGAGGCGCGGCGAGGGUUCGCUCCGCGCCUCGAUCCUGCGAAGCGGGGUGGCUGGCGAGGACCGGGAGCCGCGUGCGCGAGGAGCGCACCCAAGGAAAAUUGUGGAGAGUUGCCCCCCCUCCUCUCUCCCCCGCCGGCGUCGCCGCUGUCCCCCAUUUUUUUUUUUGCGCCAAUGGGCGACCUGGAGUCCGAAACGGGCUUCCAGGGGCCAAGGGUGCGAAAAUCGCGGCGGCC